AUGAACUGGAAUAUUUCCCCAAAAAGUCUUCAUGGUUAUCAGCGCCAACCCCUGCUAGCAUUUACUGGGGUUGCUAGAGGCUCAGGAGCACCAGGUGAGCUUUCAUGGUCUGACUUGGCUGAAGACCUGGUGAAUACCAAGGUCACAUUUCAGUCAUGGAGUGGAUCAACCUCCACAGGGGUGAGCAAUCGUGCCUUCAACGGUCACUCUCGUGGACUCUUUCUUGCUACAAGCGGUGGUGGUCUGAUUUCGGAUCCUUCAUCGCCAUCCACUCUGGACACUGAUGUCUGUGCACCCCUUCGAUUAGUGCGGUCUAGAGCUUGGCGGCUCUUUUCAGCUUCUGCUUAUCUUCAUCAAUAUGCACAGUAUGGCAUGGAGGAUCCGAAAGAAGCUUUUCUGGAAGCUUUUGCCGUAGUGGAACAAACCAUCCACUCCUAUUCACAAUUAAAUAAUUCUUAA